AUGGGACUUAGGGAAAAGUUCGGACAGAAGUUCGGGCACUCUACGGAUAAGGUAGGUGCUACGCAGACGAGCGCCCUAUCGAGGGGCAAUAAAGCUGAAAGCGGAAGCCAGGCGCUCGACGAUACGCCGAUCCGCAAGCUCUGGGACUUGGCGUACGAUAAGCUGCGUGAGGAAGAGGAAGGCGCCAUCCUGGAGUAUGAGAAGAAGCUUCAACGCAAGAUGGACGAGGUCAAUCGUGAUAGCUGGAAGCUGCGCUUCGGCAGCAAUGAGGUCCUGGUCAAGGACCUAGCCGAACCCGUCUCGGGCAUCAUCAGUCGGGCCAACGACUACAUCAUUGGCGCCGUCAUCACCUCCAACCCGUAUGCCGCGACAGCUUGGACAGGUGUCGCCCUGCUACUCCCGCUCCUUCUCAAUCCGUCCAUGCAGGCCGCCUCACUGGCCCGAGGACUCGAAUACAUCUCAAGCCUGAUCUCCCAGAGCCGAAUGUGGGAGGAACUCUACGAAAUGACGGCUGGUUAA